CUCUCACAGGGCUGCACUCCCCCCCCACACACACACACACACAGCUCCACCCUCCCGGGGCCCAUGUACCGCCUCCGCCCGUCGCGGCCCAUCAGAGCAGCAGCUUAAGGGCUAGAGUUCCUGUGUGAUGGCCGACCCGAACGAGACAAAGAAGGAGGAGACCGAUGCCAGGCGACUACAAACCUUUCCCAUCUGCAGGCACUCUGAUAUGACGGAGGAAAUGAAAGUGGAAACGAUGGAAUUGUGCGUCACCGCUUGUGAGAAAUUUUCUACCAACAAUGAGACAGCAGCCAAAAUGAUCAAGGAAACGAUGGACAAGAAGUUCGGCUCCUCGUGGCACGUGGUGGUGGGCGAGGGCUUCGGGUUCGAGGUGACCCACGAGACCAAAAACAUGCUCUACAUGUUCUUCGGAGGCAACGUGGCCAUUUGCGUCUGGAAGUGCACGUGAAGCCCCAUCGCCUGCCCCCCUUUUUGAGACGCUAUGAGUUUAAACGUUUUUUUUUACUCCUAAUAAUUUUGUGUUCGUUUUCAGCGUUGUGAGUUCUUCAAUAACAGAGUCUGGUUUAGUUUAACCCGCUCCAUGUUUCUGUUGUUUUUAACAUAACCCCCUCAACCCCCGCGAAGGUCAUUCCACAUAUAAAUCUCUGUCGGGGGUGGGGUGGGGGUUGUGGCUGUGUCGCAUGUGUCCGGUGCCUCAAAGCUUCAUCUUUGCGGUGGAUCAAUGACGUUGAACUCGUCGCUUUGGGGUUAAAAGUGGCAGACAGCAGAGGAUCCAUAUUGUGGAGAGGCUGUGUGUGUGUGCACGUAUGUGUGUUUUGAGGAAUGUGUCGUUAGUGUGUUUGGGGGAGUAUGUGGGGGGGGGUGGUGUGGAGGGUGGGUGUAUUUGGGUGUGCGUAUGGGAUAUGCAUGGUAAAGAGGAGGAAGGACACAAUGGGAGGUUUGGAAGUAAAUGUGUCACUCGCAACCUCACUGAAUACAUAGAGGUUCAGCCCUUGGCUAUGCAGACCUGAAUGGGGCGAUGGAUUGGCUCAUGGUGUGGCACUCAUCAGGUUGGCUUUCUAAUCCAUCUCACUUCAGUUUUCAUCUCCCCUGCGGACAGCAGCGGGAGAGGGAAACGGACCAUCACGAGCCUUCAACCGUUUACUAAUAAACUUUGUAUUUUUCAUCAGAGAAACUCGCUUCACUUGAUCUAAAAUGUUGUUUAUUAUUGUUGUUAUGUUCUUAAACGGGCGAGAAGGGAGCUGUUUUCUUUCAUGUUUCUCAACACGUUUUAUUUCUUUUAAAAACGGAAUUUUGUAUGAUA